UGCCAGCGCCGGCCGGGCCACACCACCAGCCACGCACACAAAUAAGCUAGGCAGCGAGGACCAACACCCACACACCUGCAGAUCGACCAGCAAUACUACUAGCUUCGCAAACUGCGGCUACCGGCGGCCUAGCUACCGCCGCGCCGCGAUCCACACAGAGAGAUCCUCGAUCGCUGGCCAAGUUUCCUGCGGCAGGCACCCUAUAUAUAGCUUGCUAGCUAGCUAGUAGAGCAAGUACGUGUAGCUCGCCCGGUCGCGCGCGGUGCUCGAUCGACGACGACAUUGGCGACGCGCGUACCAGGCCACAGCAUCGUCUUGGGGUGGAUAUAUAUAGAGCUAGACUAGAUGGCCAAGCCCGUGAAGCAGCUGACUGCUGCUGCCUCCCUCUCGCUGAUGAAGGCCAUCAGCAGCAGCAGCAGCCGUCUCAGCUCAGGCGGGAACGCGCAGCGCUUCGGCUCGUCACUACCCUGCGGCCGCGGGAGGACGAUGCCGACGCAACGGAGGAGCACGUCGUCGUCGACGCGCCCUGCGGCUCCGGUGAACAGAGUUGGCCCUGGCAGAAGCAAGCAACACGAUAAGGGAGCAUCAGAGACUACGAUAAUGCAGCAACUCCAGCAAGUCGAUGUGCUUGAGAACAUGGGGAUUUCUCGGCAUUUUGCUGGUGAAAUUAAGCGUGUCCUUGACAGGACAUACAGAUGUUGGUUACUGAGGGAUGAGGAAAUUAUGCUGGACGCAGCGACAUGUGCGAUGGCAUUUCGUAUUCUAAGGAUGAACGGAUAUGAUGUCUCUUCUGAUGAGCUGUAUCAUGUUGCUGAAGCAUCCAUGUUCCAUAAUUCACUUGGAGGAUAUUUGAAUGAUACAAGAACAAUGUUAGAAUUACACAAAGCUUCUACAGUUAGUACCUCAGAAGACGAGUAUAUCCUGGAUACCAUAGGCUCAUGGUCAAGUACCUUACUGAGGGAACAACUAGGGUCUGGUGGUGCACUAAGGAGAACUCCACUCUUUAGAGAGGUGGAACAUGCUCUAGAUUGUCCCUUCUACACCACAUUGGACCGUCUAGACCACAGGUGGAACAUCGAAAAUUUCAAUGUUACGGGCCACCGGAUGCUAGAGACACCAUACUUGUCUAGUCGACAUACCAGCAGAGAUAUUCUAACGUUGGCUGUCCGAGACUUUAGUUCCUCUCAAUUUAAGUACCAACAAGAACUUAAGCAUCUUGAAAGCUGGGUGAAAGAGUGCAAGUUGGACCAGCUACCAUUUGCACGGCAGAAGUUGGCAUACUUCUACUUGUCUGCUGCUGGCACCAUGUUCCCUCCUGAACUGUCUGAUGCUCGCAUUUUGUGGGCAAAAAAUGGUGUACUCACAACUGUUGUUGAUGACUUCUUUGAUGUUGGAGGAUCAAAAGAAGAACUUGAAAAUCUUUUGUUGUUGGUUGAGAUGUGGGACGAACAUCACAAAAUUGAGUUCUACUCGGAACAAGUAGAGAUUGUAUUUUCUUCAAUUUACAACUCAGUUAACCAGCUUGGAGCAAAGGCUUCUUUGCUACAAGACCGCAAUGUUACCAAACACCUAGUACAAAUAUGGUUGGAUUUGCUAAAGUCUAUGAUGACAGAGGUAGAGUGGCGGAUGAGCAAAUAUGUGCCAACAGAGGAGGAAUACAUGGCAAAUGCAUCUUUAACAUUUGCAUUAGGCCCCAUUGUACUGCCAACAUUGUAUUUUCUUGGGCCAAAGAUCCCGAAGUCUGCCAUUAAAGAUCCAGAAUACAACGAGUUGUUUAGGUUAAUGAGCACAUGUGGUCGGCUCCUGAAUGAUGUUGAAACAUUUGAGAGAGAGUACAAUGAGGGCAAGCUGAACAGUGUUUCUCUCCUUGUUCUUCAUGGUGGCUCCAUGUCCAUAUCAGAUGCUAGAAGGAAAUUACAGAAGCCCAUAGACACCUGCAGGAGAGAUCUACUACGACUGGUUCUACGUGAAGAAGGUGUCAUUCCUAGGCCCUGCAAGGAAUUAUUCUGGAAAAUGUGCAAGGUGUGCUACUUCUUCUAUUCGGGAACUGAUGGGUUUAGCUCACCAGUGGAGAAGGCUAGAGAAGUGGAUGCGGUGAUCAAUGAGCCACUAAAGCUCCAAGGAAGCCAUGCAUCGCUGCGUGUUGUGUGGGAGAGGGAGGAACCAAGCCUCAAUGAUGUUGUUCAUUUGAUUCAGUAGAUGUGUUUUCUCUGUUAGGUAUAUAGUUCAGUAGGUGACUUCAUCAGGUGGUGUAAGUAUAACUGCUUGCGUUGAUGUUAGUAGCAUAAAUAAAGGAAUGUUGAGCGAAGUAGGAUAUAUGAAAUUGGAACCUAAGGUAUUCAUAGAGUGUUCAUAACUAGAGUUUUAGACUUCUCCUAAUGAUGUGGACUUCUCCUGUGUUUUAGAAUUCAAAAUUUAGUAUAAAUUUUCGC